UUUCCAAAAUGGAAAGUCAAGUUUUCACUCUCUGGCUGGUCUUUUCUUCGCAGAUAGUAUUAGCAGACCCAGCUGUAUAUCAGAAUGCUAUUGAAAUCUACAGCCUGCAUGUGGACUGUAAAGUUACAUCACGGUUUGCUCACACGGUCAUAACCAGCAGAGUCGUCAACAGAGCAAAUGAAUCUAAGGAAGCCCUAUUUGAAGUGGAAUUACCCAAGACAGCCUUCAUCACAAACUUCAGCAUGACCAUAGAUGGAGAAACAUAUCCUGGAAUAAUCAAGGAGAAGAAAUCUGCACAAGAUCAGUAUGAUGCUGCCGUUUCACGAGGGCAAAGCGCUGGAUUGGUCAAAUCGACUGGAAGAAAAUUAGAGCAGUUUCAUGUUUCAGUCAACGUUGCAGCAGCAGCUAAAGUGACCUUUGAGUUGAUCUACGAGGAGCUGCUAAAGCGGAAGCUGGGAAAGUAUGAACUGCUGAUUAAGGUCAAGCCCAAACAGCUGGUGAAUCACUUCCAGAUUGAUAUCCACAUCUUUGAACCACAAGGCAUCAGUUUCUUGGAAACGGAAAGCACCUUCAUGACCAAUGAGCUGAGCAAUGCCCUCACCAAGGUCCAGGAUGAGACCAAGGCCCACAUUUCAUUUAAGCCAACCAUAUCUCAACAAAGAAAAAGCCCCGAACUGGAAGAAACUUUGCUCAAUGGAGAUUUUCUCAUCCGUUAUGAUGUUAAAAGGAGUGUCGCUGCAGGCGAUAUACAGAUUGUGAAUGGAUAUUUUGUCCACUAUUUUGCACCCAGUCAAAUGCCGGCAUUUCCCAAAAAUAUAAUCUUUGUGAUAGAUAAAAGUGGAUCUAUGUUUGGCAAGAAAAUUCGGCAGACAAAAGAGGCCCUGCAAAAGAUUUUGGAAGAUCUUAACCCUGAAGACCACUUUAACUUUGUCAUCUUUAGUGGAAAUGUUGCUGAAUGGCGUCCAUCUUUGUUGCAAGCCACAGAGGAGAACGUGGAACUGGCUAAACAAUAUGUUCAGACCAUUUUUGCUCAAGGAGCAACAGAUAUCAAUGGGGCUCUUCUGACUGCAAUUCAUUCCCUGGAUAAAGCCACCUCUGCUGAGUUAUUGCCAGACAGAAGUGUAUCAAUGAUCAUUUUGCUGACAGAUGGCGAACCCACUAAUGGUGUUACUGAUGUCAAUGAGAUUCAAGCAAACAUAAAGAGGGCUAAUGAAGGCAAAUACUUCCUCUACUGUCUUGGCUUCGGCUUUGACGUCAGCUAUUCAUUUCUCGAGAAGAUGGCCUUAGACAACGGGGGAGUUGCUCGGCGUAUAUACGAAGACUCGGAUGCAGCCCUGCAGCUCCAGGGCUUUUAUCAUGAGGUCGCUACUCCCAUCCUGAAGGAGAUUGAAAUGAAAUAUCCAGACAAUGCUGUGCUGGAAAUCACUCAGAAUAAUUUCAACCUGCUCUUUGAUGGCUCUGAAAUUGUAGUUACUGGAAAGCUUGGAAAUGAAACAGCUGUUUUCCCUGUGGAAAUCAAUGCUCUAUUGCAUACUAGCAACCUGACCCUUAAAGAAGAGGCAAAUGUAUCAGAAAAGGAGCAAGUAUUUCAGCAUCAGGAAUACAUCUUUGGAAAUUUCAUUGAGAGAUCGUGGGCCUACCUAACAAUUCAACAACUACUAGAAAAACAUGUUUCAGCAGUAGGAGAAGAGCGGAAAAACCUGGAUGCCCAAGCUUUGAAUCUCUCCUUGAAGUAUGGCUUUGUCACCCCACUCACUUCCAUGGUGGUCACCAAGCCUGAUGCUCAAGAGGUGGCAAACAAACCUACAGAGGCAGAUAACGAGAUGUACAUGCACCAUCAUCCUUUUGGUGCAGGUAUGAAGAUGAGCCCAAGCCAUCCUGAGAGUUACAUAAUGCUUGAGUCAUCAGAUUAUGAUUUUGAUGUGAUGCAACCCAUGUAUGAUCCCUUUCCAUUACCAGGUUUCUAUCAUUCAGUGUCCCCCCAAAAAAGUCCAACAAAAAUUCCUGACAGUAGUAGUGAAUAUCCACAUUUCAUCUUACAAGUGCCUGGUGAUAAUGCUUCCAUUUGUUUAAAUAUUAAUGGACAGUCGCAAACAUCCAUAGACCUGCUAUCUGAUCCAGACAAAGGGAUCCUCGUGACUGGCAAGCUUGGGGAAAACAGACAGUUUAUGGAGUUUAAAGUAACCUAUGAGAUGCUUAAUGUGGAAAUCGGUGUGACAAGGGAAGAAAUUGUACUGAAAGAUAAGGGCUAUGCACACUCUUUCCAAUGGACAAGUACUGCAUUUUUAUCGUUCAACGGAUUGACAAUGAUAAUUGAAAAGGAGGAGAUCCUCUCUCUGACAGGACCAGGCAACAUCACAACACAUGUCUACUAUAAGAAGCCCCCUCUUGAUUUCCUUGGACUGUACUUCCAGAAUGCUGAUGAUUUUUCUGACAGAGUUGCUGGACUUCUUGGGCAGUUUUUCUUUAAUACACAAUUUGAAAGAAACCUUGGUCAAAGUCACGAAGGGAAGAAAACCCUGCUUGUGCAAGGACAACCACAUGAGGCCACAAGCCAAAGCAAGAAAGAUUACAGGACUGGAUCAGUUGAUGGAACUCUUUUCUGCUGGUCACUGGAUAUAACUCCUUGAAGAAGAAAUUGUAAAGCAGUAAAUAAUAUGUAAUAUUUUAGGGUUUCCCCUAAAAGACAGCCUGUAGAUCUUUAAAAUAAAUAAAGUAAUACAAAACAGGAA